AUGUUUCUCUCUUCUACAUCCAAAACCCAGCCGAAUUGGCCUAUUGAUCCCCCUGCUGCUGCACCUGAGCGAAAAGGAUUGGGAUCCUGCAUAGAUGGAAGUGAUGGCUAUCCAACUUUGGAAAAUUUCACUUCCCACAUGGAUAAAUAUAUUUCUGGGAAAAAACGCGCAGAUAGAACUGUCAUCACCAGCAGUGAUUUGCAUCAAAUUCAUCGGCUUUUGUUGGACCCCGCGGCUCUACGUGCUGACCCGAACCCGAGCAAUCGUGCAUGGGUGAAGAAGACCUUCUUUCUGGAGGCGACUCCUACAGGAACCGUUGUCUGUAACAGAGAAAAAGGUCAGCCAACGGGUCGACCAAUUGCAGUGAAAGAGUUGAUGUAUUUUAUCAUCAAAGCGGCGCAUGCAUCCGAGGGCCAUGGAGGACGUGACAAGACCGCCAAGGCCGUGAAAAAUACUCACUCGUACGUUCGCAAGGGAUUGAUCUGCAUCUUUCUCGAGACCUGUCCCACCUGUCAGACUCGGAUUGAGGCGGCCAGGAAGGAUAGAAAUUUGGCGCAUGAUAAGGCUCUCAGGAUGUCGGCCAGUCGGGAUUCAAUCCUCAGCUUUGGGACCGGGUUCUUGACUCCUAUACCUUCUCCGACCAAUUUUGGGAUCAGAGGAAACGCUGAUCGUGCAAGCAGCUUGUUCAAGUCAAACCUCCAGUCUGUCGACUUCUCCCAGCCGCCUCACUUGGCGAUUAACAGACUGAUAAUGCCCCCAGAGUUGGCUCUUGUUCCGGCGGCACCGAAGCCCUAUAUCCGCCGCAGUCGAAUUGCAUCCUAUCCCUCAGAAUCAUCCACGAAUUCUCGAAAAGCCCAAAGGAUGUUCCCAGCUGGUUCGAAUCUUGGAGACCGUUUCAUUCCCAUCAAACACGUACAUUCACCUUACUCCAUCAUGCCAAACACUGCCAUCGCCUCCGACUUCAGCUCACAGUAUCAGUCGGGUCAGCCGCAAGAAAACGCGGGGUUGAAUCUCAAUCUAGUAGCGCCAAUCAUAGAAGGCUUGACCUCCACUCACCAUCACUCGGCAAGCUUCCCAGGCGAGCCAUACGCUUGGUCUCAUCAGCCACCGACACCUUUCUUUCAUGCCGACUCCGCCGCUUGGCAAAUCGAAUUCGCUGACAUCUGCACUGGAAAUGAACCCAGUUUGAAUAUUUCCUUUCCCGGUCCACUCCUCCAUCCCCAGCCAAAAUUCUCCUCAUCAGAGCCGCUUAAAAUGCCGUUUAUAGAUCACUUUGGGUCUUCUGAUACCUCAAACCUUCAAUUCAGCUCAUGGUCAUCCGUCUCUCCAAUGACCAAUGUCUUCCCUGGUUAA